CGAGGAGAGAGACUGAAGACGCGGCCUUCACUGCAGCUGCUCCUGCUGGAACCACAACGGCUCCCGACAGCAGGGGUCCUUUCGCCAGCAGCACAUCUUACAGCGGCAGCGCACCUGGAAUCUUGGGCGGCCCAUGGGUGGGGUCUUCCUUCGUUGCAGAAACGACUUGGGGCUCACAAGGUCAAGGCAGCGCGCAAGAGGGCCUGAGCAACUUUUUUGACGAUUUCCCAUGGCGCGGACGGCCGAUGUUCGAUCAGGCACACGGUCGGCCAGGAGCCCGGGAAAGGACCCAGAGGACUCCUCUGCAGCAAACUGCUACGAGAAGUGGAAGUGCGGCGCAGGAGCAGUUGCAGCAAGAGCAGCAGGAACAAGAAGCUGUACGACCACCAGCGCAAGACACGACGACCUCGCAGGAAGUAGACGGCCGCGAACAACAAGUUUUCUCCAGAGGGGGGCGACAGGAUAAUCCUAAUCAAUCUGAAACUCUGGAAGAUCCUGACUUGGAACUGCAAGGUGCGGCGUAUUUUUCCCUGUUGGAAAUAGCUGAGCGUUUUCGCAACGAUUUCCAAAUCGUGCGCGAGACGAUUCGCCAGGACUUCCGGUGCGUGCGAAACCUCUUUGGCCACGUACUAUCCCUUCCACUCACGCAUGCAGUGGAGUUCGUCGCGGACGAUUCGGCUAAUUUCAGUGUCGGAGAGCAAGGGGCUGAAGACGGAGGUCCGGGAGAAUCUGAAUCAACCGCGAUAUCACGGGGGCCAGCAGCCGAGCCUCAGUCGCAAUCUUAUUCCGUUGCAGAACUCAGAUCCCCGUACGUUGCGCUGGGUUUGACUGCUGGCGUGCUGACAUCUAGCGGGGGACACGUUCACGAUUCGCAGGAGCGACAUGAUGGUGGUAGAUUUGGAUUGGGCAUAGAGGUUGCUGGUGGCUUUCACGAAGAGGAGGAAUUGUCUUCUUCGACAGGAGCGUGUGCUGCCUGCGAUCCUCACUUCGGUCUUGGUUUAAGUGCAGACACGACAACUACAAUUGAGGAUCGUGAUCAGGGAAUUCAGAACAGUUCAGCUGGGACCUCUUUCCAGCCAGACAAAACGACGCGAACACGAGCAGCAGAAGUUUUCCAACGGAAGCAUCAAGUGACUCAUCAAUUUGAGAAUCAAAACAAGGCAGAGCGUACCGAGAAGCAAGUUCUGCCAGCUGCGCCCUCGGACCCAGCUGCGUCCACGAUCGUCGCUGUGCAACACCAGGAAGAUUUCGCGCGCGUGUUCAGCGAGCGCCUGAGAACCCUCGAGAGCGACUGUCGGCUGCUGGCCAUUCACCAGGAGAUUCACAAGCGUUGGCUUGACCAGGCCUGGGUGCAGCGCGAAGCCGAGGCGUAUCAGCGAGGUGCAUCUCGGUUCAGGUCGGAAACCCAGAUGCGGGCCACGGCAUUGGUUGACGCAGUGCUGGUGACGAUCCGGGAGUGCCCAUUUCCGAAAGUUUGUCAUGUUGCGGGAGCGCCGCGCAACAAAAACAAGGGAAACAAGAGCGGCUGUGAAGAUGCUGACGAAUCUUCUGAUCCGUUGAAACAAGUCACCUCGGCGUUGAAGUACGUUCUUGUGCUGAGCGACGCGAUGAAGGCUAUUACCGAUGAGAUGUUGACAACGAUCGCGAUAGAAGACCUGAUGCUCUUAGUCGAUGCGCUUUCGUUCCUGCUGGAGUACGGCACCGGCUUGGAGGAGAUGCACGCGUAUCUGCAACUGAAAAAAACCUGUGAUCGACUGACCUUGCUGGAGGAAGGGGAAGAUGUGUUACGUACCCAAGAUCAAGAUGAUGAGCAGAUGAAGAACUACUACACUUCUUCGUCUUCCUCGGGUUCUGCGAAACGUAACGGGACUAGCACACAGCUUUCUGCUGUUAACCGCACGUCCAACGUAAGCGACAUGGCUUCAGCACGACAACAACGAGAUGUCGUUUGCGAAGACAUAGACGUGGGGGCUGCUAUCUUAGCGGAAAAGGAGGAUGACGAUGACAAUAGUAGCACGAUGGGCGCUGCCUCGAUAAUGCCACCCAAUCAAAAAUACGCCGGGAGUGCGUCAUCUCAUUCGGUGCCGGCUGCCGAAGCUGUUAUCCCUUUCCUAGACCAGGAAGCUGCGAUCCGGCAGAUGGCGCUGCCUCGCAACAAAUCAGUGGCGAUUGGUUCUUCGCAACAAGCCAGUAUACUACGAGCGGAGCAGUCAGAUCCAGAGGGGUCGCAAAAAGUAGAUCAGAAUUAUGCUGACGCAGCUGCAGGGAGCUCCAGUGCUCCAAAUAAUCCGCAUAGGAGCAAGCGGAUUGAAGGUCGAAGGCAACGAGAUCAGGCGAGAAAAGACAUGGAGCUGCAAAUUGACCUGCGUGACGCCAAUAAAGCCUCGAGAAGGCAGAUCGAGCGUCUGCUUAGUUUUGCGAACGCACGUUUGUGGGGAUCUAUUUCAUCUGGGCAGCAUGUAUCGACUCCUGCAGAUUUUGAGUCUUCGAGGAAGAAGAUGUUGCCCACGGCAUUAGAUGAAAGGACAGGAAUUUUUCCGGUUCAAUCACUAUCGCGGCGCAACGCAGGAACCGAGGCAGCGUCUUCGGUUGCGUCUAUCCCUGCUGCUCCCAGCACCUUCGAAGCUGGUCAUUUGGACGCACAAGGUUCGGCGGCUGACAUGUCAUCGAACAGCCGACCUCUCGGAGAAGACUCGGAAACAGGAGGAAGAGCGCCAGAAGAAAGCUCAGAGAUGCAGUCGCGAGCACCGCGCGAAGAGAAAAAAGAAAAAGCUUCGCUCCUGCGCCGCCAACGCUAUGACGCAUUCACCGGCACUUCGUUUCCAGGCGCUCGCAAGAUGUUGGUGCUCGACGCGAGAAACUACCAGGAAAGCGAAAAAUUAAAAUUGCAUCUUUCAACCGGAGGUAGUUGCGGUAGCGCAGAUGGGCAGCAGGUAAGGAGCUCCUCUCUAUUUAAUCACGAGUUUCCAGUAGUGGAAAUUGACGAACCCGUACCCGUCGACGAGCACUCCUCACUGUUCUUUCCGUCACUUUCCUCUCAGGACCAAUGUCGAGAAGGCCCUGAAGCCGUUAAUGAGCAACGACCGCUGCAGGAUCAAGAUUUGCGACGGCCAGAGGUGGGCCAUCGUGUGAUCAAUUUGGACGCAGAGAAAACGUGGCGGCAUCUUCCCGGCGCGCAGGAGGGCAAUAGUGCUUUCCUAGCGCGUUCGCGUCCUCCUGCCGCAGCGCCUGCGCCCUUGGACAGUAGGCAUGGGGUCUUCCCAGAUGCUGACAUGCGCGACGUCUCCUCUCCUGCAGCCCCGCUGCGUCCUGCAAGCCCCUCGAGCAGCCUUUUCGCAAAUGCCGCCUCUUGCUCCUUUUCAUCAUCGCAUCUUCGGCUUUCCUCGCUGGAACGAGGUGCUGGCUCUAGGUCUGAAACAAGUGAAGUUUCAUGUACAAGCGAAGUUGACGGAGCACCGCGACACGAACGGCAGUCGUCGCUCGAAAGAAGGGAGCUGCAGCAGCGCGGGGGAGGUCGCAUGAAUUCUACUAGCACCGCAGGUGAGAACGAAGAAUACCGCGGGGAGCUUGCCGGUGCUUCCACCUACUUUGCCGAUCGACGUCCUCCAACAUCGGGCGAACGGUUGGAGGCAGCCGCUUCCAUGACCUCCUACACAGGGACAAUAUCGACAGGUGCUAGUAGUCGGAACCGACAAGAAGGAAAUCGCAACCGUUUAAACGCGGAGUUUGUGGAUGGUGGCACUGAACAAGAUCACACGGUCCUUCAUGAAAGUGAGGAACUUCGCCGGCGCUUAUUCAACGACAUUUUUGCCUCUGCUUUCGUACUGGACGCAGCGUCCCGGGCCCAGAUGCUGCGAGGAAGCAGCAGAACGGAUGUUGACCAAGGCGGUAGGUCUGUUACUGCUGCGGACGAGGCCCCUCAGGGUCGGCGACAAUUAUACGCCGGCGAGGAACUACGACCUGCGUCUGGGACAAGAAAUAAUGACUCGGAGGACGCACCUGACGCUCGUCUUCUUGCUAGCGACGAGCCCCUGCUUCGCGGCCAGCCAUCAGGACCACGAACACAGCUACGGCCACGGGUUAGAACCGGAAGAAGCUGCACGUGCAUGAACGCGUAUCGGCACAUGCUGAGGGCGCUGCUUUCCAGAUUGGUCAGCUGCACGGGGAGCAAUGCUUCAUCUGCAACGGAUAAUACGAGAACUCGUGGAAACACGGCAGCACCUCCGGCUUCUUCUCACGUAGUUCGAGGUAGACACCUGAGGAGGCUCUCUACCUCUAGCUCAAGAACUUCUACCUGGGCUGUCUUAGACAUGGAGCAGCUUUCACCGUCGGACGAAGAUAACGAUGAGCUCAGCGACGCCGAUAAUUUUGCUGCUGAGAGUCGAGCACACGAUCACGAAGAACAAGAAGAAUCUCCUGUAGUGCAGUCCACUGGCGAAAAUAUUAUGGCGCCGCCUCCUGUACCAACCGUUGUCCCCACGGAUGAUGAUCUGGCCCCGGACCGACCGCCGCAUCCAGCGUAUUGCGUUGCCCGCAAUCCAAAAUGCAAUCUCCUGCUGCACACCGAGUGUUUCGAGCAGUACAUUCGAACGACAAACCGAAAGCGCUACGUCUCCGUGCCCCCCUACGUGCCGACCUGUUUCUGCGCGAUUCUCUUUCUCGAGUGCAUGCCGCUACCGCCGACGCUCGUGCAGGUGCAGUGCCCGGGGUGCUGCCAAUGGGGCCCAUACGAUGCGCGAAUGGGGGCGAGGUUUCCACCAGCCGAGAAAAAGACGAACGUUAGAAGUAGGUGGGAUCAGGAGGCACGCGAACAGCUGCAAGGUAGAAUUAGCUCGGCAAGGAGAAUGCCGAGAGAAGGCCUGAGGUACUUUAACUUACUAGGCGGAGACAACAGCUAA